AUGCUAUUCCUUGUCUUCAACAAAGCAUCCGUUUCAAAUGAUAUUUGGAUAGAUUACUAUGGACUUCCAUCGGAAACACCUAAUACAAUCACAAAUAAUUCGGCUCUUCUUAUAAAUAAAAAUUUCUUUUUACUUGAUUCGAAAUUUCAUGAUAUUUCAAAUUCUGCUAUUAACUGCACUACUAACUACGUUAAAUUAUUACAUUCAAAAUGCACAUACAUUAACAUUACAAAAAAUUUUAGUUACGGAGGUUCCAUCUACUUUCAAUGCAAUAGUUCCAUUGUUCAAGAUCGAUUUUGUACAAUAACAUGCUUCGCACCCUAUGAAGGAAUGCAUUCUUUUACAAAUGUUAAGCAUUUUAAUAACAAAAAUUUUAUUAACUUGAGUUCUAUCAACCAAUGUGGCUAUGGCGACACUGGCACAUCCAGUAUAUAUCAUUAUGAUGGACAAAAAACAUUAAUUUCUACAAAUAUUACCAGAAUAAUUUGUUUCGAUUGUUCCGGAUAUAGCUUUUCUAACGACCCUGUUAAUGUGAGCUAUUGUUGUAUUAAUUCAAAUUAUGACCAUUACCACUAUAGUUCAUUAAUAUACCAUGGUGCCAACUUCGAUGCUAUUGUCAAACAGUCGAUAUUCAAAAAUAGCACAUGCAAUAGUGUUUGCUACUCUUCAAGAUCAGAUACAACAGUGUUAGAAUGCAUUUUCUUGGAAAAUAAUGCAGCUAAAACUUUUUCAAAUGGUUAUUUAUCUAAAACGAGAAUUAUCCACUGCUAUGUGGACAAUUACAGUGUGGGUACCUAUUGGGGAGAAAAUUCGAUAACCACAGAUGAACCGACAACUGAAUGGUUUAAUAUUGUUUUUUCACAAGUUGCAUUAGGUGAAUGUGAUGCAUUAAAAACAAACAUAUAUGGAAAUAAAAUCGUUAAAACUAAAUUAAAUAGAGCUCCAUUCUCAUUGAUGGAUAUCCAUAUGGGCUUGAUUGGUCUGCAAUUUUGGUAA